AUUUUUUUUUUAGUAUAGGUUAGCAUUAUAUUAAUGCUAUGAUAGAGUUUUGCUAAGCGGGAAGCUAAAAUUAGCUUUUCCACGAAACACUUAGUAAAAAUUAGCUAAUAUUUUCUGUUUUCCCUCUCUCUAAUCGGGGUUCCCUCUCUUCUCUCUCAUUUUCCCCCUUUCUCGACAAAACUCUAAGAGAAAUCAAUCUGGAUUCUCCAUCUCCUUCUCUCUCGUUCUCUCUCUAUUUCCAUCUCUGUCUCGAUUCUCCAUCUCCGGUUCUCCAUCUCCGCCUCGAUUCUCCAUCUCCGCCUUGAUUCUCCAUCUCUGAUUCUCCAUCUCCUCCUCGAUUCUCCAUCUCCUCCUCGAUUCUCCAUCACUCUCCUUCAUCGCUGCUUCUCCCAGCUCCGAUUCAACUCCUGUUCUACAUCUCUUAGGUGAAUUAAGAUGGGACGUGCAAAGCAGACUAAACGUGGAAGGAGACAAGCAAAGAAGUCAAAAAAGGCAGAUGAUGACGAAGUUGAGUUCGUUUGUACUAUCCAAACACAUGAAGAAGAACAUGAAGAGGAACGUGGGCAGCAACAGGAACAGGAAGAGGAACAUGUGGAGGAACGAGAACCGGAAGAGGAACAUGAGGAGGAACAACAACAGGAAGAGGAGCGUCCACCAGAGCAACAUAAUGGCGACGAGCCUGAAGGUGAGAUAGAACAUACUCAAGAGGCUGAAGGUGGAACCUCCCGUAAGAGAAAGCGUGGUCCAACAAUGAUGAGAGACCUAGCCAAAGAUCCAAAUACCAGAGUUCAUGUCGAUUUCACUUUUAUGGGAGAAGCUUAUGGUCCUGGUUCAGUCAAGUUAUCUUCAUAUUUGGGUCCGUUGGUAAGGGAGCACGUGCCUGUUACAGUUGAAAAUUGGAAAAAAAUUACUGAAGAAGUGAAGACAGUGCUUUGGAAAUCAGUCCAGGCAAGGUUUGAACUUGAUGAGGACCACCAAAGGGUUGCAGUUCUUAAGCAGAUGGGAGCCUUGUGGAGAUCAUCCAAGUCACGUCUUGUUACCCAAAUCAAUGAAGCUGAAAAUAACCAACAAAGGAUGAAUCUCAGACCUAAAAAUGUUCAUCCAAUUGAGUGGCGCAAAUUUGUGAAGCUAAAAACAAGCCAAGAAUUCAAGGUUCUGAGUGAUAGCUACAAAGAGAGGAGAAGCAAACAGAUUCCUCACACUUGUAGUAGAAAGGGAAUGGUUAGACUAGCAGAAGAGAUGAAAAAUAGUUCUGAAGACAAAUCUGAAGUGUCGAGACUUAAAGUCUGGGUGAGGUCACGUACAAGAAAAGAUGGAACUCCCAUCAACACAAAUGCUGCCGAGAAGAUUCAAAAGGCAGCUGAGAUUGUUAAGGGUGGUAGUCAGAGUAGAAAAAAUCUGGAUGAAGAUACGCUCAUCCAGGUCUUAGGACCUGAUAAUCCUGGUCGUAUGAGAGCAAUGGGGAGGAAUAUUAGUAAGACGAAAUUAGCUUGCUUCAAUGUCAACCAGAAGUCAAUUUCUGAAAUGCAACAGACACAAAUUCAUCUUAUGCAAAAGGUUAAUGAACUACAGUCUGAACUUGCGAAAGUAAAAAACCAGAGAGAUGACAAUGAAGUGGGGGAAAACUCGGCUGCAAGAAGUGUGAACAAGAUACCACAAAAGAAGUGUCUUCUCAUUGACUGGGCUGAUGAAGAUGGAAACGUUGCUGAGGGUCGUAUCAUUUCUUCUGACCCUGAAGCCAUAGUGAAUGACAGUCGAUUAGGUCCUAAUGAUGUUAAAGUCUUGGUUGAUGAAGCUACUGAACCUGAAGCAUUCCUCUGGAGACCUGCGACUAACAUGUGCACAAUUAAGGAAGCUGUUGGUCAUAUUAUUGCAUGGCCGAAGAAAAAAUGCGUGGAACUAGGUCUGGGGCUUGAACAUGAAGACAUUGCACCACUGGGCUCAAGAGCAAAUUCUCUCAACAAAUGCAAACUUCUGGAUUUGUCUGAUGACAGUGUAGUUGUUGGUGAAGGGCGUUGGCAGACAAAAGAACCAAAAGCAUUGGUUAAUGGACUUCCUCUAGGACCUAAAGCAGUUAAAGUAUUCUUGGAUGUUGUACAUGAGCAUGGAACAUAUUUAUGGAGGCCUACGAUGGAUCAUUCCUACCUGGAGGACUGCUUACAUUCUUUUAUGUCAUGGCCUGCUAGCAAAGUUGUCUUUGACAAUCCACCAGAAGCAACAAGAGGACAAUCUCCUACGGGUAUGAAAGUUACAUCGGUUGGUUAUAAGUCGCCUACUGAUACAAGUGGUAGAAAAGGUGCAAAAUCAGGAGCAACAACAUCAAUUCAUACUGACGAGUCUCCUGCAACUGAUCAGUGUCAGCUUAAGCAUGGAUCUCAGACAAUGAAACAGAAUCAGAAGUGCAAAUUGAUGGACAUUGGUGAGAGGAAACAAGUUGUUGCUGAAGGUCGUAUCCAUUCAACAGACCCAACUCAACUGGUCCACUUUGUGCGCUUGGGUCCGAAAGCAGCUAGAGUGUGGGUAGAUGCAGUGCUCGUAGAUGAUGCCGAAGUUUGGAGGAAAUCAGAUGAAAUAGAGAGUUUGAAAGAUGCACACGGUUCAUCAAUUGCAUGGCCAAUUGAUAAAUUGGUCAUAUUUUAAGCUGCUGUAAGUAUUCUGUUUUGUGUGUUUAAACCUGCAUAUGUAAUUGCAUAACUGAUCAGAGUUUUCAUUGUUGCAGCAGCUGAGGGAAUGAAGAACUUAGGUCCAGAUUUAGCUAGUGUUUAAGCUAGGCUAAUGAACUUGAUGUAUGAUAUUAUUGCUUAUGACUUUGGUUUGUGUUUUAGAACUGCAUCAGUAACACUUAUGUGUAAUGACUUAUGUAUGUCAAACUUAUUUUAUGAUUGUGUUAGUUUGUUAUGAAGUUUCUGCUUUUUUUAUUACAAAUUUUCGAAAAUGCAAAUUCAUAGCUCGUGGACAAAAUAACAAUAGCUAAAAAAAAACAGUUAUGCUUGUAAAGCAUAGCAUUAAAUAUUUCAUAUAAUGUAAACUAUCAUAAUAUAUUUCUAAGCUAUUAAAAACUUUAGUAUAGCACUUAUCCACAGCAAUUACCAAAAUAAGCUAUUGCUAUUGUAGACGUUGCUACCAUGGCACACAAUACGUAUCAUAAUCAAUUUGUAACAAAAAAUAACUGUGCCGUAGAUUCAUUAAUAACAUCAGCUAAUUAAUGCUAUCGUAAACGUACAUUUCGUAGCAUCAAAGAAAAACGCUAUUGUAGGGGGCCUACCUAUGAUGGCUGCCGUAUACACAGCAGUUGUGAAUUCGCUAU